UGUCCAGUUAGCAGGGGCUUCCACUAACUCUGUCUGCUAGGGAUGUUUUACUAACCAGCGUUACAGCCAUAAUAAACUCAAAACAUUGACCCAAGUCCUGCAACUUUCGCUUAACUUAAUUGUACGUUAAUACUGCUUGUCUCCUGGAGAAGAAAAAAAGUUUUUGCAGAUUCACUGUCUGACUGAAUUGGAUAGUUGGGUUAGUGUUUUUCGUCACUUUGUCGGCGCGGAAAGCACGGUAAACUAGGCCUACCUGAAUUGGAUAUUUUUCCACUAUUAUUUUAAUUUUCUUCUUUGCUGUUGAACGCACUCGACUCGUGAUGGUCCUCCUGUCACUGAGCUUACUCGUAGUAGGAGUUGUAGUGACUCUGACUUCAGCCGACCUGGCUGGUGAAGUAGAUAAGGAAGAGUUCCUCAAAAGCCGGCUGAAGGAGUACGGUCUCAUCACCCCCAUCAGCACCGACUCAGAGGGCCACUACCUGUCACAUCUGCUCUCAGCUAACCACAAGCAGCGGGUGAAGCGGGACGCCACGCUGGGCCUGCAGCAGGGUGACCAGCUCUUCUUCAACAUCACUGCCUUCGGCAAGGAGUUCCACCUACGACUGCACCCCAACCGCAAGCUUGUGGCCCCUGGGGCCAUGGUGGAGUGGCAUGAAGAGGUGGAGGCUGUCGUGGAGGACAAUGGCAACUCGACAGAGAGCGGCAAUCGCUCCAGCGUUCGCACGGACAGGAUAAUGAACCGGGAACUUCUCAAAACAGACUGCACGUUUGUCGGUGACAUCACGGAUGUGCCAGAGGCCUCCGUCGCUAUAAACAACUGUGAUGGGCUGGCAGGCAUGAUUCGCACUGAUGCAGAUGAAUACUUCAUUGAGCCGCUUGAGCGGGGCGCCCAGGAGCACGAGGAGAAGGGAAGAGUGCACGUGGUCUACAGGAGGUCCGCCGUCCGCCAAGCCCCCUCCGACAUCUCCGUGGACUAUCAGCUGGACGAGCCUGAGUUGAAUGUGCCUCGGGUGCUGGACAGCGUCGCUAAGCAGGUCAACCAAACGGUCCGGAGACGGCGACAUGCUGGCGACGAUGACUACAACAUCGAGGUGCUAUUGGGAGUGGACGAUUCGGUCGUGCGUUUCCAUGGCAAAGAACAUGUGAUGAACUAUUUGCUCACUCUCAUGAAUAUAGUGAAUGAAAUCUACCAUGAUGAGUCGCUGGGCGUUCACAUCAAUGUGGUCCUGGUGAGAAUGAUCAUGCUGGGGUACUCAAAGUCCAUUAACCUCAUCGAGAGAGGCAACCCAUCACGCAGCCUGGAGAAUGUGUGCCGCUGGGCCCAAUUGCAGCAGAAGGACAACCCGGAACAUUCUGAGCACCACGACCACGCCAUCUUCCUUACUCGCCAGGGCUUCGGACCCACGGGCAUGCAGGGGUACGCCCCCGUCACCGGCAUGUGUCACCCUGUCCGCAGCUGCACCCUGAACCACGAGGACGGCUUCUCCUCCGCCUUUGUUGUGGCCCAUGAGACCGGUCAUGUGCUGGGCAUGGAGCAUGACGGACAGGGCAACCGCUGUGGGGAUGAGACGGCCAUGGGCAGUGUCAUGGCCCCUCUGGUGCAAGCCGCCUUCCACCGCUACCACUGGUCCAUGUGCAGUGGCCAGGAACUGAAGAGAUACAUUCACUCUUACGACUGUCUCCUGGAUGACCCCUUCAAACACGACUGGCCACCUCUUCCCGAGCUGCCCGGCAUUAAUUACUCCAUGGACGAGCAGUGCCGCUUCGAUUUCGGUGUGGGGUACAAAAUCUGCACUUCGUUCCGCACCUAUGACCCCUGCAAGCAGCUGUGGUGCAGCCACCCCGACAACCCCUAUUUCUGCAAAACCAAGAAGGGACCUCCUCUAGAUGGAACUGAGUGUGCACCUGGGAAGUGGUGCUACAAAGGUCACUGCAUGUGGAAGAACGCCAACCAGGUGAAGCAAGAUGGUGCCUGGGGCGCGUGGAGUAAAUUUGGCUCCUGCUCGCGGAGCUGCGGCAUGGGCGUGCGCUUCAGAACGCGCCAGUGCAGCAAUCCGGCGCCAGCGUACGGAGGCCAGGACUGCCCUGGCGUGAACUAUGAGUAUCAGCUCUGCAACACAGACGACUGCCCCAAGCACUUUGAGGACUUCAGAGCCCAGCAGUGCCAGCUCCGCAACUCGCACUUUGAAUUCCAGAACACCAAGCACCACUGGCUACCCUAUGAGCACCCCGACACACAUAAGCGUUGCCACCUGUACUGCCAGUCCAAGGAGUCAGGAGACGUGGCGUACAUGAAACAGCUGGUGCAUGACGGCACACGCUGCUCCUACAAGGAUCCCUACAGCAUCUGUGUGCGGGGGGAGUGUGUGAAAGUGGGAUGCGACCGGGAAAUCGGUUCCAACAAGGUGGAGGAUAAAUGUGGCGUGUGCGGAGGGGACAACUCCCACUGCCGAACGGUGAAGGGAACCUUCACCCGCACCCCCAAAAAAGCCGGAAAACAGUUAAGCAAGAGAUGCCAAAAAGAAAUCCCUUUGUUGGAGAACGCAAUAUGGAAGACGAGAGGAGCUUUCUCGUUGCCGAAAGGAGCACGGCACGUGUUCCUGAACGAGACCGAGGAUUCUAGGAAUGUGCUUGGCUACCUUAAGAUGUUUCUCAUCCCUCCUGGGGCUAGACAUGUGGUCAUUCAAGAACAUGAGGCCUCCCCUCAAAUUCUUGCCAUCAAGAACCAAGCCACAGGGCAUUACAUCCUCAACGGUAAAGGCGAGGAGGCAAGAUCACGGACGUUCAUUGAUCUCGGCGUGGAAUGGAACUACCUCAUCGAGGAGGACGUGGAGACGCUGCACACUGAGGGACCUCUGCACGAUGCUGUGGUCGUCCUGAUUAUCCCCAAGGACAAUGAGACCCGAUCUACACUGAUGUACAAAUACAUUAUCCAUGAGGACUCGGUGCCAGUCAACAACAACAAUGUCAUUCAGGAGGACACAUACGAGUGGGCCCUAAAGAGCUGGUCCCAGUGCUCGCGCCCCUGUGCAGGAGGUUUCCAAUAUACCAAAUAUGGCUGCCGGAAAAAAGGCGAUAACAAGAUGGUUCACCGCAGCUACUGUGAUGUCAGCAAGAAGCCCAAGCCAAUCAGGAGGAUGUGCAACCUUCAAGACUGCACACAGCCUCAAUGGAUUGCGGAGGACUGGGAGCACUGCACCAAAACCUGCGGCAGCCUGGGCUACCAGAUCCGCACGGUCCGCUGCGUGCAGUUCCUCCAUGAGGGCACCAACCGCUCCGUCCACAGCAAGUAUUGCAGCGGGGAGAAGCCGGAGAGCCGCAGGCCCUGCAACAGAGUGCCCUGUGUGGCCCCGUGGAGGACAGGACCCUGGUCCGAGUGUUCAGUGACCUGUGGGGAAGGGGUAUCACGGCGACUGGUGACGUGUCGCAUCGGUGACCAGUGCGGUGGGGAGAGGCCUGAGACGAUUCGGACGUGCAGACCAGGGCCCUGUCAAGAUGAGCUGUGUGCCGGGGAUAAGUCCAUCUUCUGCCAGAUGGAGGUCCUGGCCCGCUACUGCUCCAUCCCCGGCUACAACAAGCUGUGUUGCGAGUCCUGCAGCAAGCGGAGCGGCACGCUGGCGCCACUGCUGUCCGAGGGGGAGGAAGAGGUGCGCUUCGGCUCGGCCUCCCAGCUCCUGGAGACGCUGUCGGCCAACGGGAGCCUCGCAGGCCUCGCCGGUCUCCCUGGUCCUCCGCCGCGUCAGACCUCUUUCACCUCCUCCAGGGGGACCAACGCGGGCGGACGCUCUUCCCCGAGAACGGGCCCGACGCCCCCACCGCAGCGAAGAGGCGGCGGCGGAGGCUCCGAGGGCAGCAAGGCCACCCGGCAGACGGCACCUCACACCAGCAAGAGCCAGGCCGCCCCGCCCAACACGCACGGCGCCGGGAAGCGAGGCGGCGGCGGCGACAAUGCCAGGAGGUCGGACAGCCCCAGCACGGACAUUCGGCGGCUCCCGGCGUUCAGCGAAGUGCAGCGGUGAAGCUGGGUGGCCAGCCUCUCCUGAACUCUUUCUUUUGAGUAGAUGUACAGCAUUUGUUUUUAACUGCACAAGGCCCUCGCAAGAGAUUAGGAUUGAUCGAGAGUAGGAGAGAGAGAGAGAGAGAGAGAGAGAGAGAGAGAGAGAGAGAAAAGUGCUGGUUCACUUUCAGAUCAUAGACCCCAAUCCCAUACACACGCAGUGCCCCAAACUAAACCCCCCUCGCAGAAAUGGUCUAAACAUGAGUCAUUUUCUCUGCAACAUGAGACAGGCGUGGCAAAAAAAAUCUGGAGUGUCCGUUUACCAAUUGCUUGGUCAUCUUGGGCUUGCACAUCGGCUUCACUUACUCAGUAGGAAAAUGGCUCUGGUUGUUUAGAAUAUGAGACUUAAGUUACUUUUGUGUUUACUGGCGCUCACCUAUGUUAUUGACAGAUUUAGAUAUUUAUAAACAUUUCCUGUAAAUACUAUAUAUGUAAAAUGUCAGUAUUAUUUUAAAGAAAAAAAAACUAAGCUGAGGAUUUUAUACUAAAAGCAGUCACGUAUUUGGUGCUUUUUAUACAUAUGUAAAACAGCUCUCUAUGCAGACAUUUUUUGCAAACACAUUUUCAACUAAAUCUGUCAUGGUAUUGGUCAUUCCUGAAGUCAGAUCUUAAUUGAGCUGCAGAGAGUACCUCUUGAAUGAUGUGUACCUCAGUUCAUUCAGAACACCUAAGCCCCACAGUGUUAAAUAAAACACACACACGCAUGUGCACACACACACACACACACACACACGCACAUAUAAUCACACACACACACACAUACACAUGUGGAAAAGUACAUGUGGAUGUGUUUGGCACAAGUCAUUGAUGUGUCUAGAGUUUCAUUAAUUUUCUAUACACUCUACACACACAGUUCUAAUAGGUAGCCAACAGGCUAUAAGCAUCUGCAGAGAUUACCUCUUGAAUGAGCACCACAGACUUCCACUCGGUAUCCUAAACUCCACAGUAUUCAAUUUGAUGUUCUGUUGGUGUGAACUGUAGAAAUGCCUGGAUUAUAUCAUAUUGUUUUGUCUCUCAUGCAACAUCUAGCCGGUACACUAAUCAGCUGUUACCACAGCCUCUCUACUCUCCCAUUCCCCUCUACUGGUGUACUGUAUUGAUUUUUUUUAGUUUUUUUUAAGGAAACGUAUUUCCAGUUGUAUCAAGUGCUCAGUCAAUGUCACACUUGAACCGUAAAACAUUCAGGUUGGCACGUGAGUAUAUUAGAUCAUUCCGUGAAACAAAUACAAAAGAUGGACUUAACAAAAGACGUGAAUGUUUAACAUGGUUCACUGACCAUCAUGCUGGUUUUGUAUUCCUUUUGAAUAAGGCUAAGAAGGAUAUUUAUUAUUAUUAACAAGGGUUAUAUCACAACCACAAUGCAUCUGACUGCAAUAACAAGAAAACCAUUUUGUUUUUCUAUUUCAAUGGAAGUUACCGUUCAGCCGUGCACACUCCAAGAGUGCGACUGUAUAGCUCUUGUACAUAGAGAACUUUAAGUAUUUAUUGAGGGUUGAAGUUCCUAUUCUGUUCAAUGUAUGACAGCAUCUGCCAAAAGCACACACACAAAAAAAAAGGUUUGUGAAGAGCCUAUACAGACAACAUUUCUAUUUCUCCUGAAUGUCUACUCUUCAUUGAAAUUGGAUGUGGUUCAAGCCAGAGAGUAAUGAUACGAUGUAGUUAUGAUUGCAUUUUUUGUUGUUGUUAUUGUUGAUAUAUUUUAGAAGCAUUUAAGCAGUUUUAGAGCUUAGUUAUACACAGGACACAUACUCAGUACUUGAGAUUUGAUCACCUGAGAAAGCUGUUUCACCAGUUGUUUUUGUAGUCUUAGUCUCCCUGCAGAGCUGCAAAUCAGUGGGUAUUAUCACUGUUAGGCAUAGGACCCCAACAAGGCUGCUGUCUCACAGCUAUUUAAAAAUAGGAAAAAAAAUGAUGUGUCAGAAACACAGACAGAGAUAUCCUGUCAAGUAGAAGGUAGACUAUGUGUCCCCUUUGAACCCAAAUUUCAGCAUUAUAAAAAGAUAACCCCAGCAACAGGCAAGUCUAAAGGAGUAAAAAUGCAAAAUAGAGUAUAUAGAUGGUGUGCUUAGGUGAUAUACAGUACAUAUGUAACAGUGUUGAUGAUACACAGUGCCUGCAUUACAAAUUGUUGUUCUAUUGUUCUCAUUUUACAUACAUGUUGUUGACUUGCUGCCUACAAUGAAUUGCUGCUAAUAUUAUGCAAAGCUUUCAAAGUUCAAGAGGAUGCUAGUAUUUUAGGUGUUACAUUGACAAUCCCUGAGCCUCAGACAGAUAUGCUGUAUAGGAUAUGUGUUGUGCUGUAUGUAUCCCUGUACUAUCCGUUGCGUUUAAGUAUUAAUGCUCUGACUAGAGUAAUUGUCAUUUCUAAUUGCUUGCAGUUUUUUUUUGUACUUUUUUUAGAUUGAAUUGAAGUGUACACUACUGAUGCUGUUUGUUGUAAUGGGGAGCACAUAGCAAUAAAGAAUAUACUAAACCUAA